CCUGUCAGUAGCAUCACAAUGUUUACACAACCACAGUUGACUUUUGGGCCACUGAGGUGGACACUUUUACCUUCCAAGAGUCAUUUUGACUUCCAGUGGUCUCUAAUUAACCUUGAAAAGGAUACAGAAUGUCCAUUUAUUUCACUUCCGGGUUGCUCUUUGCAUACUUUGCAUUACCUGGAAUCUUACUUGGGAACUUGGCCUUCCGGUGCCCAAGUUGUACCGCGGAGCGUCAAGCCGCAUGUCCAACAGUCACUCCGGCGUGUCCAGAAAUGGUGAGGGAGCCGGGCUGUGGCUGCUGUCCCGUGUGUGCCCGGCUGGAAGGGGAGCUCUGUGGUGUCUACACGCCGAGGUGCUCCGGUGCCCUGAGGUGCUACCCCAGCACGGACUCUGAAUUACCUUUGCAGCAGCUCAUCCACGGUUUAGGACGAUGUGGACAACAGGUGGACUUGGAUGUGACGACAAGUCCGGACCAGCAGGCUACAAAUGAGAUGCAUGGAACUGAGAGUCCUCUUACCAAAAGACCUGCCCCAGAAGCUCGGAUUUGGCAGGAGUCCGCCAUGAAACAACACCUGAACGACCGCAAAACCAAGAUGAGGAAGAAUCCACUGGAGGACCCUCGAACCCAGAAAGUGCUUCAGAGUGCAUGUCAGCAGGAGCUGGACAGCGUCUUGGAGGAGAUCUCCAAAAUCACCUCUCAGGAUAACAGAGGCCCACUGGAGGACCUGUACGUACUGAAACUCCCAAACUGUGACAAACACGGCCUGUACAACCUCAAACAGUGCAACAUGUCCACCCACGGCCAGCGGGGCGAGUGCUGGUGCGUCAACCCGUUUACCGGGGUCCAGAUUCCAACGACGCCUAAAGUAAGAGGGGAUCCCAACUGUAACCAGUGGCAGGAGGAGAUGAGAGAGCUGCCCACUGCAGCAGCGUUCCACUAGCACUGUCCGGGACGCCCUUUGAAUGGGUUGGGUUUCCUUUACAAUUCCAACUGUGGCGGGAUUUGUAAAAGAUGUUGCAAUGUAUGAAGGCUUUCUCUCAUUUUUUUGUUGUUGUUAUCACUAGGUUAACAUAUUGUUACUGUCAGGCUAUCUAGACCACAGCCAAUAGUGUGUCCAUCCCUCAGUGCCCUUCCCUCUGCGAGACAAAACACUGUUUUGUUUUCUUUUAAUUAAUGCACUGAAAUAACAGGGUACGGGAGUUUUCGGCAAGUAUUUAUUAAACCGGAGGAGAUUUGGGUUUAUUUGUUUAGAACUAUUUUUAGCUAUGGCCUAAUACACAUUUGGUAGGUAUUUAUAGAUUCAUGGCAGCAGGACAGUUUAUGUGCCAUUUAGUCCAACUAGCGCGCUUGUUGUUUUUGUAAUAAACAAACGUGCCAACCAGUGCAUUUAUAGAGGAAAAAGUUCUAUCAUGCCUUGGCUAUGCAGGCAGUACUUGCCAGGAUCUUUUCAUUGUUGCUUUCGGCCAUAUCACUGGAAUUGUUGACAAUAAAAAAAUACAAAUAGAAGUUUAUCAGCCUUAUCUUUUAAAGCUGCAUUGAUUAAUAGUUUGGGCCACUUGGGGGCAGCAGAACAAGCUGUAAAAGAUGACAUUUGUAAUUUGUUAUUAUUUCAGCUAUAUUAGCAUUCCUCUUGAGCUGUGUGUUUUACCCCCUGACAAAAGUUAAUCCAAUGUUGACUGUUUCGUUUUUACUUCCUUUGAAUCUCUACCAACUCCAUCGAAAGAGAUACGUCUCUUUAGCUGCUAAAGGGUUUCCUUCAUAAGCCGCUUCGCCCAGCUAGCAUACACUGGCUUCAGUGGGUACUGUGGGAUGGUUAAUGGGAGACCUGACAAUGAACAAAACAAUGAAGAAUCCUCUUAGGAGAUGAGAAAAUCUAAAUUGCCUUUGGUUUUGUGUCAAAUGAUUAUUAUUGCAUUCAAAGGACUUGUAUACUCUGCAACAGUUUGGCUAAGCUGAAGAUAAAGAUUUACAGGUGCUCCAUGAAAUCCUUCAUAUGUAUGUGCACACUGUUCAGAAAUCACUUUUGUGACAACUUUUUUUGUUAAAUAAUUGAAUCAAGAAGGUAAUUAAAAGUUCACUGUAUCAGUAUCACUGUCAUACUUGUCAUACAGUGUCAUGUCAUACAUUUUGUAAUGUUCCUUCAUCGUCAUUCAUUCCUACAUCGUUUGCUGUAAAUUAAAUUGAACUUUUCUCAGACAAUCUCAACUCAGGGUUUCUAACGCGACACCAUAUCCUCGUGUUGCCAUAAACCCACCCAUCAGUUUGGUUUGCUGCAGAGAGCUAUCCUUGUUAUUUGUCAGCAGUUUUUCCAUCAACACUUGUCAACUCCAAAUAACUGUGACUUAAAAAAAGGGCACUUGUGGUAAUAACGCUUGAACCUGGCGUGGAGCUUCAGUAUUUUUAUUACUGCUAUGUGCAGAGACAUGCAUGUGUGUGCAUGAGCACAUAUGUGCAAGUGUGUGUGUGUGUGUGUGUGUGUGUGUGUGUGUGUGUGUGUGUGUGUGUGUGUGUGUGUACCCAUGUGUUGCUAGGGUUACUAAUGAAGUGUUGAGAAGAGGAGGGCUUAGGAUGAGCGGCUGACAUUGACAAACGUGACACUAAGCGGGGAGAGGUGUCUAUGAAUAAACCAAGUAUGCAAAUGCACACACACACACACGUAUUUCUGUUGCAGAUCACGGUCUAUAGAUGGGUAACUCACCAAGGGAAGUGAGGGUGCUAUUAAUGAUUCUGAAUGCCCAAGACAAAACUAGAUACCGUGACAACGUGUUUAACUUUGUGCAGUAUUGUCUCACUUUUACAGGAAGUGCUGGAACAAUUCUGUCAUCCUGAGACUGUAAACCAUCCGCUGAUCUGGUCCGUUUGACAGUGAGUGAUGUGGGUUGAUUCUUCAGAAGAUACAGCGUCAUCAGAAAGUUGUGUUGCAUGUGUUCUUAUCGCAAUAAAGAUUACGGAGGAUGUGCUCUUGUAAAACUGAAUCCCAAAUUGGUCCCGAUGUGCAGGCAGCACUAUGUAUGUGGACUCUGCCACCAGUGUGUGAAUGUGUGUAAAUGCAUGAAUGAUGACAUGCAGUUUACAAUUGCUUUGGACAAUGAAACGACUAGAAAGACGCAAUACAAAUUUAACAUCAAACAAAUACAUGUGAAUACAUCUCUGAGGUCAAACUGUUUCUCAAGUCAGAUUUGUAUAGAACUCAUAUGUACAUAACAUAAAUAGUUAUAAGUCCCUCUAGCUUUCAAUCCUCUCCACACUGGAGUGAAAUUCUGAGCGAGAAUACACUGUAAAAAAUGAGACAAAUCCCACAGGUUUAGGCGUUAUCUUUUGGGCGAAGUAUUUUUAUUAUUAUUUUGAUCUAUUUCUUUAAUGUAGCCUUUUGAAAUGCAUUUUUUUAUCUGGAUCAUCCCCGCCCCCCCAUCUGGUCACAUUAGGAAACAUUUGGCCCACAACCUUCGAAAUGUACAUAUAACAUGUGAGUAUUGUUUUGAGGCAGACUUGGAAAUAAACAUUGUAAAAAGGUCAA